GAAGUUGCGAAGAGGCUUGAGGCCUUUGGCUCCAAAAUCUCAUACCAAUCCAGGGAGAAGAAGCCUUCUGUUUCAUACCCUUUUUAUACUGAUGGAAGUUCUCCAGGCACUAGGUAGGCAAGGAGUAAUUAUUAAUGCUGCUCGUGGAGCCAUCAUAGAUGAGAAGGCAUUGGUGCAGUUCUUGCAGGAAGGAAAAAUUGCAGGAGCAGGGUUGGAUGUUUUUGAACAUGAACCUAAUGUUCCUGAAGAGCUGCUUGAAUUGGAUAAUGUUGUGUUUUCACCACAUUCUGCCGUCUUCACAGAGGAAUCUUGUAAGGAUUUGUACGAUCUCGUGGUCGGGAAUUUGAAAGCUUUCUUCUCAAACAAACCAUUACUUUCUCCUGUACAAUUCGAUGAUUUCAUGCGUUGAUUGCACUGUAAUUUGACAAUAUCUCGUCCUUCAAUCUUGUGGAUGAAUUACUGGCUUCUUCAGCUCCACAGGGUAUUAGGAAAGCUAUGUCAUCUCAUAUGAUUUAACUCUGAAAUGAACAUCUUUCUGAUGCAAAUAAGCAAGUUGUAAAGCAAAGAGACACAUGAUUCUCUGUUUCCUGAAUGUUGUCUUUGGAGGUUGAUACACUAAAUAAGAUUUUAUUCUGCAA